AUGCCAGUAGUAACCCGCUUGAUUCGUUUGAAGUGUGUAGGGCUCAGACUUGACCGGAGUGGACUCAAUCGGCGAAUCUGUCACGGAGGACACGGGGAAUCAACGCGGCGGAGAGUGAUGGAAGAGCUUUCAAGCCUAACCGUGAGUCAGCGCGAGCAAUUUCUGGUGGAGAACGAUGUGUUCGGGAUCUAUAAUUACUUCGACGCCAGCGACGUUUCUACUCAAAAAUACAUGAUGGAGAUUCAGCGAGAUAAGCAAUUGGAUUAUCUGAUGAAAGGCUUAAGGCAGCUUGGUCCGCAGUUUUCUUCCUUAGAUGCUAAUCGACCUUGGCUUUGUUACUGGAUUCUUCAUUCAAUAGCUUUGCUUGGGGAGACUGUGGAUGAUGAAUUAGAAAGCAAUGCCAUUGACUUCCUUGGACGCUGCCAGGGCUCUGAAGGUGGAUACGGUGGUGGUCCUGGCCAACUUCCACAUCUUGCAACUACUUAUGCUGCAGUGAAUGCACUUGUUACUUUAGGAGGUGACAAAGCCCUUUCUUCAAUUAAUAGGUGGUGCAUUCUUUUUUCUUUGUGGUCAGUUUCUUUUAUUAAGAGUCUAGUGAUGUUUCCUCUAGAAUACUUACAUGUGACUCAUUCUUCUUUCAGAGAAAAAAUGUCUUGUUUUUUAAGACGGAUGAAGGAUACAAGUGGAGGUUUCAGGAUGCAUGAUAUGGGAGAAAUGGAUGUUCGUGCAUGCUACACUGCAAUUUCGGUUGCAAGCAUCCUAAAUAUUAUGGAUGAUGAACUCACCCAGGGCCUAGGAGAUUACAUCUUGAGUUGCCAAACUUAUGAAGGUGGCAUUGGAGGGGAACCUGGCUCCGAAGCUCACGGUGGGUAUACCUACUGUGGUUUGGCUGCUAUGAUUUUAAUCAAUGAGGUCGACCGUUUGAAUUUGGAUUCAUUAAUGAAUUGGGCUGUACAUCGACAAGGAGUAGAAAUGGGAUUUCAAGGUAGGACGAACAAAUUGGUCGAUGGUUGCUACACAUUUUGGCAGGCAGCCCCUUGUGUUCUACUACAAAGAUUAUAUUCAACCAAUGAUCAUGACGUUCAUGGAUCAUCACAUAUAUCAGAAGGGACAAAUGAAGAACAUCAUGCUCAUGAUGAAGAUGACCUUGAAGACAGUGAUGAUGAUGAUGAUUCUGAUGAGGACAACGAUGAAGAUUCAGUGAAUGGUCACAGAAUCCAUCAUACAUCCACCUACAUUAACAGGAGAAUGCAACUGGUUUUUGAUAGCCUCGGCUUGCAGAGAUAUGUACUCUUGUGCUCUAAGAUCCCUGACGGUGGAUUCAGAGACAAGCCGAGGAAACCCCGUGACUUCUACCACACAUGUUACUGCCUGAGCGGCUUGUCUGUGGCUCAGCACGCUUGGUUAAAAGACGAGGACACUCCUCCUUUGACUCGCGACAUUAUGGGUGGCUACUCGAAUCUCCUUGAACCUGUUCAACUUCUUCACAACAUUGUCAUGGAUCAGUAUAAUGAAGCUAUCGAGUUCUUCUUUAAAGCAGCAUGACCCGUUGUUGCUAAUGUAUGGGAAACUCCAAACAUAAGAGUUUUCGUAGUGUUGUAACUUGUAAGAUUUCAAAAGAAGUUUCACUAAUUUAACCUUAAAACCUGUUACUUUUUUAUUACGUAUAUACCAUUUAUCAUAUCUUUGGUUUACGACUUAAAGAAUUUGAUGAUUGUUGAAA